GCCCAAACAUAAGACAGACACACAGACCUCCAGAGGCUCCUAGCUUGUGCUCGGCUCCUCCAAGCCUUCUCUCCUUUCAGGAUCAUGAAGGUCUCUGUGGCUGCCCUCUCCAUCCUCAUGGUCAUGGCCUUCAGCUCUCCAGCAAACUCUGUAAUAAUGAGCUCCAGCUCUCCUGUCCCCUGCUGCACCUCUCAUGCGAUGAAAAAGAUCCCCAGAAAAUUUGUGAUAGACUAUUAUGAGACCAGCAGCCUGUGUCCCCAGCCAGCUGUGGUGUUCAAGACCAAAAAGGGACGGCUAAUGUGUGCCAACCCCAGUGAUGAUUGGGUUCAGAAGUACGUGGAUGACCUGCAGCGGCUGAGGGCCUCACAGGCCUAGGACGAUGAAUCUUAAAAAUGCUUUAAACUCAUAAAUAAAACCAAAAGCUGGUUUUAUGAGGGAAAAAACAACAAAAUGGAUCCAAAU